AGUUUGAUAGUUGUUCCUGGAGGCGGAAGUGGCGAGCGGGUCCAGGAAGACCCGUUCUGUUCCUUAGAGCCAGCUAGGGAGCCUGUGCUCGCGCCUCGGCGGCCCGGCACCGGCGUCGCAGCGCUUUUGGAAGGUCCCGGACGCCCUGGCGGCGUGCAGCGCAGCGGGAAGGCGAGCGGCGCGGGCUCCGCCGUGCCCCGUGGCUUCCGGUCAGCGGUCGGUGACGGAGGGGCGGAUGUGAAAAGAACUGCGGUGCGGUGCCGAAAGCUUCCCGGGGCGACAGAGCUCCCAGGACAGUGAGCUUGUUUGUCGCACGUUGAAUUGGCAGGGUCUCUUUACAAGCACUCGGGUACUAACGAACAAUGUUGCCUUGAACUUGCUUCACCAAUGUCUCUCUUACUGAGCAUAUUAAGAAACAUGCUGGCAUAUUUUGGUGUUCCUGUAGACCAGGAUUUGUUGAUUUGGCAAAAUAAAGACUAUGGGUCAGCUCGGAGUAUCAUUCGUAUGAUUGGGAGAGUGCUUCCUUUAGAACCUUGUCGAAGACUUAAUUUUGAGUUGAUCCCUCACUUAAACUCUGAGGAGUCUGAUGUUUAUGAACCUGUUGUUCCAUCUUUUGCUGAUGUUUUGUGUGUGGCAAAUGAUGAAGAAGCCAGUUAUCUCAGGUUUCGACAUGGUCUAUGGAAAAAGGAGAAGGAAGGAAAAAUUGCUCUUUCCCAUUCUUCAAAACUAAUUUGGGAUCCAUUGUCACCUGCUCUAAGACAGAAUAAACCAGUGAAAGAUGAUCUGCCAGCAAGUGAGGCUGCAAUUAAAAAAAUAGCUGCCCUUGAAGAUGAGCUCACUUUUCUUCGGGCUCAGAUUGCUGCAAUUGUGGCAAUGCAGGAGCGGAGAGAGAGUGAAGAGACUGGCUUCUGUGACCUGAGUGAUGAACCCAGCAUGGAACAAGCACUGUCGUCAUCAGUGACUGCUGGCCUGAGUGAGGAGCCAGAUCACUCUCCAAGUUCAGUAUUUUCUUCUCCUCCUCCACCACCACCUCUGCCUCAGUUUUCUCUCCAGCCAUGUUUUCCUCCUGUGCAACCUGGAUCUGCCAGCAGAGAUGACCCAACAACUGCCGUAGGAAAGCCAUACUCAGGUGUGCACAAGAUGAACGGUAGCCAUGGCUCAGAAAGCCAUGGAGCCAGUGACGUUCCAAACAUGCUGGAUGUUCUAAAGGACAUGAAUAAGGUCAAACUCCGUCCCAUCGAAAGGUCACCAGGUGGUAGACCCAUUCAGAAGAAGAAAAGACAGAGUUUACAAUGGGAUCCAGUGUCUUUAAUAUCCAAUGCACUUAAGCAGAAGUUUGCAUUUCAGGAGGAUUCCUUUGACAGUGAAAAUAGAUCUUGGGAGUGUUCUCCAUUUUCUAGUCCAGAAACUUCAAGGCUUCAUGAAAUAAAAGAUGUUUUGAAACACACAGAUGCACAUGCUUAUAAUGAUUUGCCCUAGUUUUGAUGUCACAUUUCUUCAGCAGAAAGUCAGCGAUCUAAGGGAAGAACUGGCACUAUAAAAGCAGUUAUUCAAGGUAUCAGAAGUGAAAGCUGGGCCUACACUUGGAAAGACAGAUGCAGAAAUGCUCUGUGGUGUCUUUCGCUGCCUUUCAGAGAAUCACAACCUCUGUUAGGGUGACUAGGCCAUGUUCUGGAACCCAUCUGUGCUCAACCUGAGGAGGACAUUUACAAAUGCUUGUCCCUGGUUCUGGAAGUUCUAGCAGUUAGCUGGCUGUGAAGAGAGUCGGGUCUGUCGAUUUCCCACUGUGUGAGUGCUACUGAAAAUGGAAUGCAUACGGCAGUGAUUUCCCUAAAUAAUUAUGGCUUCCUAUUUAAGUGCCUUUGUAAGUCGGUAUUGAGGGGACAAGACUAAAGCCAUUUUAAACCCAGGCCCAAUCUUCGUGAGAGUCUAAUCUAGCAGGCACCCCACCCCGUGUACCUGUAAAUUUAGAAAAACGCCACAACAGGCCCAGAAACUGUCUGGCUGCCCAGAGACUUGAGGACAGCCAAUCAAGAAGCUAGACAAACAAGUUGUUCUUAUUUUUUUAUUUUUUUUACAGUUACUGGGUGGUUUUUUAAAAAGCUAACAAAAAUCCCCUCUUGACUUAGAGCCAACUAUCCCCCUACCCAAUCUAGUAAUGUCAAGGCAUAUAACUCCCUGCUUGCAGUUUUUCCCUUUAAAGAACCUCUGCACUGUGAGCUCGGGGCCUUUCUUCAUCACCUGCUGUGUGGGUGUGCGGGACAAAGCAGCCCCUCCUUUUAAGCUUGUAAAACAAUUAAAAAAAAAAAACCUUGUGUAAUUGCAUCGGAAAGUGGACACCUUAGUGGUCUCGAUUCAGGAACAACAGUGUGAUAUGGUGUAUUUGACCUUCAGCAACUUGGAGAUUUUCUGUGAGCCAAAGAUAAUUCUUUUCAUUAAGAAAGCCAUAGUUUUAGUCAUGUAAGACUGAACUUUCUAAAACUGAGGUAAUAAAUUCUUUUGACUGCCAGGUGCUGCAUGUAGAAAUAGACUCUUGGAAAGUUUCAUCCACACUGGCUCUGCCCAUGCAUAUGCCUGGCAUGUUUCCUUUGUUCUCUAUCACAUUUGUACCCCCCCUUUUGUAAAUAGAUUGUACAAUAAAUGUGUCUUUUGAAUUUG